CUUUUUUAUUUCUAUUUCUCUUCCCACAAAGAUAUUUACACGAUACAAACACUCGUCCAAAAUGGUCACUACUAGAGCAAGUUCUCGCGGUGCAAGCGUCGGUCCUGAAUUCGCACCGGAAUUCCAUACCGAACUACCUACCAUCCCGUCAACACCAUCUACACGCAAGAGAAGCGCCAAAGCUGCUUCUUCUUCUUCGACGACAACCGCUUCAGCCAAGAAACGUCGUCUAUCCGUCCAAGAACCUAAAAAAUGGCAUCACGCUCCCUCUACAGCCACUGUUCUCUGGCUCGCCAUUUCUCUACCGCUCGUGGCGUGGGACAGCGGCUAUGUCUUGGGCCGACCUCAUACAAUGCCCGGAGGGGCUUACCAGUGGCCGCUGUACAUGCCGUAUGCCCUCUACGGACAGGUUGAUCAUGUUUACGGGCUCAAGGCAUGGGAGUCCAAGAAUGGGUUCACGGGCGCGCAGACGGCGCUGAAUAUUGUCGAGAUGCUCAUGUACUUGGUGUACUUGUGGAUGAUCUGGAGACGUGCGGAUAAGACGACCAACAAAAAGGAGAAGAAGAGGAGGACUGUUAGCGGGAGGAGUGGUGCUUUGGCUGUUCUCAUUGGGUUCAGUGCUGCGGUCAUGACUCUGAGCAAGACUGUUCUAUACUGGGCUCAUGAGUACUUUAGCGAGUUUAGCAACAUCUCCCACAACACUCCCGUUGACAUUCUCACUCUCUGGGUUAUCCCCAAGUAA